AUGCCUCCGAUCACGUUCUCGGAUCGAGACUUCCGUGGCGUCGACCCCAUUCAGGACGAUCCCAUGGUGAUUUCUGUUGCGGUUCAUAAUUGCAUUGUGAAGAAGACCCUGAUCGACCAGGGAAGCUCCGCUGACAUCUUGUAUUGGAACACCUUCAUGCAACUGGGGAUCCCAGAGGAGAGCUUAGAACCGUACCACGAGCCACUGGUAGGAUUCUCGAGCGAGAGAGUCAUGACGAGAGGGUGCAUUGAUCUGUACACACGCUUCGGCUUCGACCAAAAGUCUGCCCGAGAGAUCAAAAUUCGCUACAUUGUGGUACACGCGAGCACGUCCUACAACAUCCUACUAGGCCGGCCCUCGAUCAACGCACUGGGGGCCAUUAUCUCAACCCCUCACCUGUGCAUGAAAUUUCCAUCAAGGGAUGGUCAGGUAAUUACUGUUCAUGCCGAUCAGAAGACGGCGAGAGAGUGCUACCUCUCGAGCCUAAAGGUGAAACCUAUUGCCGACCCCCCGACGUCCGCGAGAGGUGUACAUGUCGUCAGGCAGGCAAUGACGGAGGACAUAGACCUCGAUCCCCAACUAGGUGAAGAGGAGCGCAUUGAGCCUGCUGAAGACCUCGUUCCUUUUCAAUUAGGCCGAACGCCGGAACAGACCACCAACAUUGGGUCUCAACUGAGCGAGGCCGUCGUAAACCGAGUCAAGUGUGUAGUCCGGGAUAACCGAGACCUCUUUGCAUGGACGACGUCAGACAUGCCGGGUAUAGAUCCAAAGUUUUUAUGUCACCGACUGGCCGUAUGCCGAGAUGUCCGACUUGUCGCUCAAAAGAAGCGGAAAAUGGGUGAUGAGAAGAGGAGAGCCGCCAAUGCCGAGGUACAAAAACUCCUACAAGCAGGGUUCAUCCGAGAAGUCACCUACACCACCUGGCUAGCCAACAUGGUGUUGGUCAAAAAAUCGAAUGGCAAGUGGAGAAUGUGCACCGACUACACCGACCUCAAUAAAGCCUUCCCGAAGGAUGCUUACCCACUCCCUUGCAUCGACCGGCUCAUCGACGGCGCAUCUGGGCAUGCUGUGUUUAGUUUCCUGGACGCUUACUCUAGCUACAACCAAAUAAAGAUGCACCCUGCCGAUGAAGAAAAAACGGCGUUCAUCACCGAGAGCGCCAAUUUUUGCUACCGAGUCAUGCUAUUUGGACUGAAAAAUGCUGGAGCGACAUACCAAAGGCUGAUGGACAAAGUGUUCCGGGAUCAGAUCGGCCGAAACAUCGAAAUUUAUGUGGAUGACAUGGUAGUCAAGUCCAACUCUCUCACCGACCACAUAGCGGACUUAGCCGAAAUCUUCGGGGAACUCUGA